AUGUAUCUUGAACUCCGCGUCAGCAUCUCCCCGUCCGAGCAACCUGACCGUUCGAUCCCACUCAACUGCACGGUAACCUACACCGGGGUUGGCGCCGAGGACAUCGACCUCAACCCGGAGAACAAUCUGAUCACCCGCACAGCCUUGUAUGUCUUGAGGUGUCACAAUCAGCAUGACUUCCCGGCGCACACGCACGUGCACAUUCACAACCCUAUUCCUUUGGGAAGAGGGUUGGGAUCCUCGGGCGCGGCUGUCGUUGCAGGCGUUUUGCUGGGGAAUGUAGUCGGGGGAUUCAGUCUGCCGAAACCUCGCGUCCUAGACUUCGCGCUCAUGGUCGAACGGCAUCCGGAUAAUGUUGCUGCCGCGCUCUACGGCGGGUUUGUGGGUACGUAUCUCAAUGAACUCGAUCCCGUGGAUAUGGCGAGGAAGGAAGUCCCUCUCUCGGAGGUAUUGCCUCAGCCAGCAGGAGGUGUUGAUACGGGCCUGCUGCCGCCCGUCCCACCAGAGAAUAUCGGACAUUAUAGACGGUUCAACUGGUCGAAAGAGAUCAAGGCUUUGGCAAUUAUUCCAGAUUUCGAGGUCAGCACGGCAAAAGCGAGGGAGGUAUUACCCAUCGAGUAUUCGCGGAAGGACAUGAUCUUCAACCUCCAACGCAUUGCCCUCCUGACCACCGUCCUCAGUGACUCCCCUCCCGACCCCCAAUUAAUUUACUCUGCCAUGCAAGACCGCAUCCAUCAGCCCUAUCGCGCCGGUCUGAUCCCUGCGCUCCCCUCGAUUCUCUCUUCCAUGUCCCCUCAGACCCACCCCGGCUUGCUGGGCAUCUGUCUAUCGGGCGCUGGACCAACGAUAUUGGCACUCGCGACGGACAAUUUCGAAAGCAUCGCGAGUGUGAUUAUUGAUCGAUUCAGGCACGAAGGAGUUACCGCCGAGUGGAAGCUUUUGGAGCCCGCUGAGGAUGGGUCCACGGUGCUGGAGGCGCCUGGGGACGUGCCAACGUAUCGACAUGAGAACCACUUGGGUUAA